ACCUUCUUUUUUUCCUUCGGUGGAGGCCAUGAUGGGAGCCUGAGAGUUCAGCUGGAGCGAAAGGAGCAAGAAAAGAAAAUGAUUCCCCGGGACGGAACUGUCAAACCAAUCUGCAGAUAUCUAAGCUUUUGUAUAGUUUAAGUACAUUUAAGGUGGAGCCUGUCACUUUUCCUCAGAUGUGUUCUUGGCAAUCAGUCGAUGACGAUGUUGAAUCGUUAGGAGGCUUUUGCAUCGAAAAAGGAGGCAGCGUUAGCUUUUGUUGCUAGCUGGCUGCGCUAGCUAUCUCGUCAGCUAGCGAGCUAGCGACGUCCGAGUGACUGGAUACGGGUUUCGGGAACCGGUGAGUUCUCUUAUCCUCUCGCUGUCAAUCGCGGUGGCUGCGAUUGAAUCAUCGGCUUGGACCGCGUCUGGCAUCUGAAGGACAACUGCAUGUAUUUUAUUCGGGAGCGUUUGCUAGACGAGUUGCAGGUUUGGCAGAGUCGGGCCUGCACGGAGAAGCGGAGCGAGGCCCGUCUUUAUGAUCCAGAGGAAGCCUUUCUAAUCCCACCGACGACCGCCGCCGCCGCCGCUAGCUCUGCUGGCUCGCACUUCUCUUGCGAGGACCUGCGGAACCCAGAGAGCAGCAGGCGACCGAGAGCCGACCCGCUGACUGCGACGGACACGACCGGCCAGCGAAUCCUCGAAAAACCUGUUUUCAUCAUUUACCGCUGAUAGACUCCUGUCACCUGCUACAAUGGCUGCGAUUAUAAAAGAAAUGGUCAGCCGGAACAAAAGGAGAUAUCAAGAGGACGGCUUCGACCUGGACUUAACAUAUAUCUACCCAAACAUCAUUGCCAUGGGCUUUCCAGCAGAGCGACUCGAAGGCGUGUACAGAAACAAUAUAGACGAUGUAGUGCGGUUUUUGGAUUCGAAACAUAAAAACCAUUACAAAAUCUACAACCUUUGUGCAGAAAGACACUACGACGCUGCCAAAUUUAACUGCAGAGUUGCACAGUACCCCUUCGAAGACCACAACCCUCCUCAGCUGGAGCUCAUCAAACCGUUUUGUGAAGACCUGGACCAGUGGCUCAGCGAGGACGACAAUCACGUGGCCGCCAUCCACUGUAAGGCCGGCAAGGGCCGCACUGGGGUCAUGAUCUGCGCCUAUCUCCUCCACCGCGGGAAAUUCCAGAAGCCCCAAGAAGCGCUGGACUUUUAUGGAGAGGUCCGGACGAGGGACAAAAAGGGCGUAACGAUCCCGAGCCAGCGGCGCUACGUCUGCUAUUACAGUCACCUCCUCAAGCGCCAGCUCGACUACAAGCCGGUGGCGCUCCUCUUCCACAAAAUGGUGUUCGAGACCCUCCCCAUGUUCAGCGGGGGCACCUGCAGGGACAGUACCGUUAAAAACAGGAGCGAGCCGAUCCCUCAGGGCUUCAAGAAAGGGAAUUGGCAUUGGGAUCCCCAGUUUGUGGUCUACCAACUAAAGGUGAAGAUUCACACGUCCAACCCGGCUCACACACGUCGCGAGGACAAGCACAUGUUUUUUGAAUUCCCGCAGCCGCUGCCAGUAUGCGGGGAUAUCAAAGUGGAGUUCUUCCAUAAACAAAAUAAGAUGAUGAAGAAGGAUAAAAUGUUUCACUUCUGGGUGAACACCUUCUUCAUCCCCGGACCGGAGGAGAGCGGGGACAAGAUGGAGAACGGGGCGGUGAACAACGCGGACGGCCAGCAGGGCGAACCGGCAGCGGGCCAGCCGCACAGCGCCGAGAGCCGGGACGGCAGCAGGGACGGCGACCGGGACUACCUCAUCCUGACGCUCACCAAGAACGACCUGGACAAGGCCAAUAAAGACAAGGCCAACCGCUACUUCUCGCCAAACUUCAAGGUAAACUUGUAUUUUACGAAAACCGUGGAGGAGCCUUCGAAUUCUGAGGCAAGCACUUCGACAUCCGGCACCCCGGACGUUAGCGACAAUGAGCCAGACCAUUAUCGAUACUCUGACACCACUGACUCUGAUCCGGAAAAUGAACCUUUUGAUGAAGAGCAGCACACGCAAAUCACAAAAGUGUGAACUCUUUUUAAACAGGAAAAGAAGAAAUUAUACACCAGAAAAAAAGGAGAAAACUUGAAUAUAAACUCAAAAGAAGAACCUUUGUCCCUUCCCUCCCCCAGACGGCAAUAGAAUCCAUCAUGUCAAAUGCCAAUUUUAGGGAAAAAAAAGAUAAAUAUCCUGACCAAUAUAUUGUUUUUUUUAUUUUUCUUUUUUUUUCUUUUGGCACGGCCAUGUACCAUGUGCAAGGUAUUGACACUGUUGCCCCAUGGGAAAAGGUGCUGUAGCUAUAAACAUGUUUCUAUAUAUCUAUAUACAUAUGUGUAUGUAUAUACAUAUAUACAUGCAUAUAUAAAACUUUUUUUGUGUCAAAGACAAUGGAAACCACAAUCAGGAGACGGGAGUUGAAGUGUGGGAGAAGAAUGAUCUACUAGGACUAUGCUGCUCCUUCUCCUGUCUAAACCAAGGCCAGUGCUGCAGUCACUUUGUUUCACUCCCUCUCUUCUCCUCCUCCUCCUUCUCCUCUUCCUCAUCUUUUACGCUCCCUCCCCUCCAUCUAACCCUCCUUCCUAUCCCCCUUUACUGUGAAUGCUUCUUGUGCUCUUUGCAGGCUGUCUCACGUGACUUUUGGUCUUUGUGCAGUGCAAACUGCAUGCGGGCAGCGGGUCUCGGGUGGGCGGGGUUAUGAAGAGGCUGUGAUGAUGUCUAAAGCGUUGCCAUUCCUGUCCCCACUGUGUAUACGUUAAAUUAUGCAGAACAAGGCAUCCCAUGUAAUUGUUAAUGUUUUUUUUUAUCCUAAGAUAAUAAAAAUAUAAUACACAAAACAGCAGGGAGACAAGUGUUUGCAAUAGUGUCAACACUACAUUUAAAGGACAAUGGUGAUUUGCAUGUACUGGAGUUGGCGUCCAUCCCUAAUAAAUGUAUGCAAUGUUGUCUUUUCUUAAAGAAA